CAAAUCAGUUAAAGUAAUCUUUAUUUUGUGUUARUAUUUACAGUUAGUGCAGAACUUCUUUUCCCUUUGGAAGUGACUUCUUGCCUGCUGGGUUCCUUGUGAGGACUCAUUGUUCAGUGGACAGCACAUCAGAAGUGACUAUAUUUUUUUCUUCGUGGAUGUGACAAAUUGUCAUCUGUUUAUGUCCAAUGGGUCUGCGAAUUCACUUUGUGGUUGACCCUCAGGGUUGGUGCUGCAUGGGCCUCAUUAUCUUUGUCUGGGUCUACAACACAGUCUUCAUUCCCAAAAUCAUCCUUUUUCCUCACUAUGAAGAGGGACAUGUUUCCGCUGYGGUGAUUUUGUGUUAUUACUUUUGUUCCUUGUUUUGUAUUGCUUCGUUACUAAGAGCCUCAGUAGCUGAUCCAGGAAAACUACCUGAAAACCCAAAGAUACCACUUACAGAAAGAGAAUUUUGGGAAUUAUGUAACAAAUGCAACAUGAUGAGACCAAAGCGCUCUCACCAUUGUAGCCGUUGUGGACAUUGUGUUAGGAGAAUGGAUCACCACUGCCCUUGGAUUAAUAAUUGUGUUGGUGAAGACAAUCAUUGGCUGUUUUUACAGCUAUGUUUCUACACUCAGAUUCUUAGUUCUUAUACGCUGAUACUUGAUUUCUGCCAUUAUUACUACUUCUUACCACUGAAAAAAGAUAACCGGGAUAUGUUUGUAUGUAGACAUGAACUUGCUCUUCUAAGAAUAUCUGCCUUCAUGGGUCUGAUAGUUCUAGGUGGAAUAAGUGGCCUCUUUUAUACUCAGCUAAUGGGUAUUUUCACUGACACUACAAGUAUAGAAAAAAUGGCAAAUUGUUGUGAAGAUAUAUCAAGRCCCCGAAAGCCAUGGCAGCAGAGCUUCUCUGAAGUUUUUGGCACUCGCUGGAAGAUCCUGUGGUUUAUUCCUUUCAGGCAGAGGCAGCCACUGCGAGUUCCCUACCACUUUGCCAAUCAUGUCUAAACAGAUGGAUGGUGGGCACAGAUGGGUCCUCUAUGCUGGAAGUGUGUUACAGGUUUUAUGAUAAUAGGACUAUGACAGUCCUCAAGUCAAUUAAAAUCCACCCACCAAUCUUAGUCAUCAUAAUGUGCCACAGGCUUUAUUUUAAUAGUAGUCUGGAUUUUGUUGUGGGAUUAAUAGAAGUUAAAUGUUUAAGUUAAAGGAUAUUUACUUUCAGAUUAGCUUUCUAAAUGGGUUUCUUUAAUAUUUAACAAUGAUGACAAAAAUAAAUGCUGGACUAGAGUCUUCCUCUAUGGGUUUGAUAUUGCCUAUUUUGAUUUUUUUUUUCUCUUUUGGUAGGAAACACUGAAAUUUACAUGGAUUUUUAGCAUUCUUACCAUGUAAUCUCAUGCUGCUUUUAAUUUUAUUACAGUUGUUCUUUUUUUUUCUUGCCAAUAGAUGUGUCUAGUUGAUAUGCAGGUCAUUUUUUUAGUAAAUAAUGUUUAAUAUACCGUGGUAUUGCAUUGUGUUUGCUCUGAAAAGCUGACAUUUGAAACUGAGGCAAACUUCUAUAUCUUGCUUGUAAGAGUUUUUAAAAGUACAUAUAUAUGUAUCUGUGUACACAUACAGAGAUCCUACAUCUUAGGUUACCAUUUUAUAUACAUCUGGUCUUAGUUAAAGGUAACAUCAUAUAUUAUCAUUCAUGUCUCAUAUGUCAGCAAAAGCUAUGAAAUGCGUUGAGGGUAAAAUAG